CUUUGAUUUAGCCUCAACUUUCUAGAGAUCUCUAAUACAUAACAUAACUCCACGGGGAUCAUUCUUACAUGGAUGAUGUUAUUGUUUUUGGCUUUUGUAGUUUACCUUAACUCAGAAUCAUCACGUUAUGUCUUUUACCAUUGCUCCAUGGUCCACUUGUCAUGUUCUUCUCUUUUACCACUUUGCUGCACAACAAUGCAUCAUGCUGAUGCUCUUAUCUUAUGAAAUUAUGGGAAAAAAAAAAGAGAUAAACAAAAAUCAAAAUCUUCUAAGUUCUAUUUAUAAAGUAUUGAAACGCCAACAUGUGACAAAUACAAGAAAGUGUUUGGUUUCAUUCUUUUAUUAGGUCCAAACACAACUUUAGAGACUAAUUAAAUUGUGGUUUAUGCUUAUAAAAACCUUUAGAUUUAUGAGCUUCUCUGAGGAAUAAUGGAACUUGCAAAAUAAUGGUGAAAAGGUAUUUGAUAUAAGUAGUACUUGAAAGAAGUCUAUAUAUAUUGUGGCAUGCAUUUUCCUCUGGGGUUGAGAGAUUCCUUGGGAAUAUUUUGGGAUUUGGAAUUCCAAAUUUCUCAUUAGGCUGGAAAAUAUAUAUUGUGGGUUUAACAACAAAGAUCAAAAGAAAGCAGCAAGUUCAGCUGUCCACUUCAAUGAAGACAACCUGUUUAAAGUAUGUUCCAGCUUUUCCUGUUACCUUUCUUAGCUGUUUAGUAUAUAUAGUCAACCAAGUUCCACUGUUGGAUUCUUGUGUUGCUACUUGCCAGUGCUACACUCUCUUACUCUUCUUAUCUUCAUUCAUUCAUACCCUUUUCAAGCAUUUUUUAUUGCUUUCUCUUUCCACUUCCUCGUGCUUGUAGAAAAAGCAAGAAGAGUCUAUCAUGAAGUUCAUAGGGUGAUGCUUGUUGACAAUGCGAUUGCUAUGGGGGAUAAAGUUGCCCAUACUCAUAUUCAUUCAACUUUUAUGUCUCAGCAAAUUAUAUGCUGAGGCUUUGUUCACUUUGAAAGGUUCACUUGGCAGAUCACAGCAAUUGGGAUGCAGCAUUGUGAAGUAUCCGUGUCGAAUGCAAUGGCCGUGUCGCCUUAACUGCUAUAAACUAAAAGAUCCAGGUGCUUUAUCACUGAUUCUCUGUGGAAUAGCAGCAAAGGUGGAUGGAAACAAUGACAUUCCAACACUUACACCUGUUCAAGAAGCUCAAGUUAACAGGCAGGGUGAAAGAAGGGCUGCUGCCGCCACAGUUGGUGGCGUUGCUGCCGCCUUAUUGGUGAUUAUCAUUGUGGUAAUUGUGUAUAUCUGCUUGAUGCGUCUUAAAAGAAUCAUGAGGCAAACAUCUGAGAGUGCUUCUUCUAUGCCAUCUCCCACAGUUGAGAUGGGAAGAAGCAACAACUCUCUGCAAGUAAACGAAUUGUGUCCAUAUUAUGCACACAAUGCAAGGCAGUUAACAAUUUUAGAACUAGAACAAGCUACAAGAUGUUUCAAUCAAAGUAAUAUUGUAGGUGAAGAUAGAUUUGGUUUGGUUUACCAGGGCUUGCUUCAAGAUGGAUCUAUUGUGGCUAUAAAGAGGAGAAUGUCUUCUCUAACGACGAAUUUCAUCGGCGAGGUGAGGAAGAUAUCAUGCAUUCAUCAUAUGAAUCUUGUGAAGCUUAUAGGCUACUAUGAAGAUGGCUAUCAACAAUUACUAGUGUAUGAACAUCUCCCUAAUGGCCAUGUAGGGAAUCACCUAUAUGAUAGUGAAGGUUUGCCUAUUGGAAAGUUAGACUUGUGGAGGAGGUUAUCCAUUGCUUUAGGAGCAUCCAAAGGACUGGAACAUCUUCACAGUUUGGAUCCUCCUUUGGUUCACACCAAUUUCAGAACUCAAAAUGUUUUUUUGGAUGGAAGUUACACUGCCAAGGUUUCGGAUUACGGAUUCGGCACAUUGCAAAGAGAAGUUGAUCAGGCUGCAGCCUCAUCUUCAUGCAUAGAUUGCUUUCUUGACCCAGAGUUGAGUUCACCAGAAAACUAUACACAGCAGAGUGAUGUAUACAGCUUUGGAGUCUUCUUACUGGAGUUGAUUAGUGGUUGUGAAGUUUAUAACAGAAACAUGUCAACCUUAGAAGAAAACCUAGUAUUCCAGGCAAAGGCAAAGGCAAAGGAUAGUGAUGGGUUGGAGAAGUUGGUUGAUGUAACAUUAGGAGAGCAUGAAAAAGAUGGUGCAAGGAGAAUGGUGAGGUUGGCAUUAUUAUGCAUAAGCAAGAGUUAUAGAAGGCCAUCAAUGGGGCAAAUAGUGCAAGAGCUAGAGCGGAUUCAAAGAGAGAUUGCUCCUUUUUAUUCACAAGUCAAUGAGGACAUUGGUGUCGUCACUCUUGGGAGUGAACUUUUCCAAUAAGCCUAUGCAUUUGGUUACUGUUAUGGCAUAGCGUUCCUAAAAGGAAAAUUCAUUUGUAAUUACAUUCUUCAAAGUAAAUAAAAUAUUGAAAUUAGUGGAACUAUAUAUUGGA